AACUGCGGGGACAGGGGGCGGGGGCGGGGCAGCGACGGCGACCCGGAAGCGUUCUCGGAAAGCUCGCUCUGGCCCAGCCCAGCUACGCCCACUCCACGCAUGCGCGCUAGCCCGGCCCUACACCCUUACACCGCCUUAAAAUUCCCACAGCUCGGGCGGGCACGCGCACGCCGCUGUCUACGUCGUGGCGAACGGGGCCGCACGGCUUGGUUCAGGGGGCGGGGCUGUCAGUGCACAAGCUGCUGAGACUAUAAGCGGAAAGUUAAUUUAUGAGUGCGAGGUCGUCCCUGUCGUACACAAAUGAAGAGAGACUUCUACUGGAGGGAAUGGCCGCCUCCUCAUCCUCAUCUUCAGCUGGUGGGGUCAGUGGAAGUUCUGUCACCGGAUCUGGUUUCAGUGUGUCCGACCUUGCCCCACCACGGAAAGCUCUGUUCACCUACCCGAAAGGCGCUGGAGAGAUGUUAGAAGAUGGCUCUGAGCGAUUCCUCUGUGAGUCGGUGUUUAGCUAUCAAGUGGCGUCCACGCUUAAACAGGUGAAGCAUGAUCAGCAAGUCGCUCGGAUGGAGAAGCUGGCGGGUUUGGUGGAAGAGCUGGAGGCGGAUGAGUGGCGGUUUAAACCCAUCGAGCAGCUGCUGGGGUUCACACCCUCCUCGGGUUGAUGCUGCGUGCACGACCACCUUUAGGGCACAGCCACCCAGGGAGUCACAGCUGCACUGUGAGCUGCAUGUCUGAAUUCACGUCCAUACUCGGUUCCUCUGUUUCUAUUAAUAGGCAACAAGUGCUCAUGUGAGAUGUUGCAGAAAUGUUUUUCACAUUCAUGUUCUUUAAAGCAUUGGGCAGCACUUGAGAAGCAGAGGCAGGAGGAUCUCUGAGUUCGAGGCUAGCCUUACAUAGAGUUCCAGGACAGCCAGAGCAAUGGAGAGACCCUGUCUCAGAAAAUAAAAAGAAGUAUUGGGGAUCAGAUGAGGACGGUCCUUUCAGAGAACCAGGAGGGCUGGGAUUCAGGAAACAUUUAUUCUCACAAGCCAAGUGGACACGUGCCAGAACAGGCCAACUGAGUGGCAUAUAUCCUGUCAUUCAGAGAGUAUCUGGAAGCUUCAGCAGCCAAGCCCAAGGUCAGCCUCUGUCAUUUCACGGUCGCAGCCCAAAUAUUUCUCUUCACACGGGAAUGUGAUUUCAGCUCAAGGUCCAUCCAGGUGGGAUCUUAAAGUGUUCUUUCCCUCCCUAUGCUUAGACAUUUAAUAUUACAGAUUAAAUGUCUCACCUCUUCCGACAUGCCGAAUGGUGCUACUCCACCUUAUCUCUGCCCCAAGGUAGCUUUUUGGAUGUUGUAGCACUUGAAAAUAUGAAGUGACCUAAAUCCUGUUGGAGCCAGAGGUCUUAGUCCAGCUCACGGGGUAUGAAAGCAGUUCUAUAGCCAAUAAACCCUUACACGAGCUCCAGACUGCCGUGCUUAGCCUUUCAGUUUCAGAUCUGGGGACUUAGAGAGAAGAGGAGGGCAGGGCAGCUUUUCCAUAAACUGGAAAGUCCCUUCCCUUAAGUGAACGACAGGUUUGCUUUGCUGGGAGCUGUUUGCUUGUGUAGAAGUUCCAACUUACUGCUCCCUCAGCAGGAAUGGCGGCGGGCUCCCUCAGCAGGAAUGGCGGCGGGCUCCCUCAGCAGGAAUGGCGGCGGCUGGUUGUUGGCUCUUUCAUUGUUUGGAACCUUGUCUCUCAGUAGCUAGGCUGGCCUCAAACUCCUAGCUGUCCAUUCUCCUGCCUCAGCCUAGUGUGAGGAUGACCUCGUCCUGGGACCCACACUGCACAAUUAGGAGGACUGUGUACUCUGUUACAUACAAAUUUAACCCUAGCCAGUAUUUAGCUUUCUGCUCAUUAAUUAAUAACGUACACCUGAUCUGCUUAGAGUUGCUUAAUUAUAAAUAAAUUUAAUCCUAGUAG